AGGGGCCAUCAGAGCCUCAGAGCCCACGAGGCCGCCAAGGGAGAGGAGGCCUGAGCCCCAGGGUGGGCACCAGCCAGCCAUGGCUGCAGCGGAGACCGCCUUGCCCUCCAUCAGCACGCUGACUGCCCUGGGCCCCUUCUCGGACACACAAGAAGACAUCCUCAAGUGGUGGCGCUCUGAAGAGGUGCAAGACUUGGGCCCGGGCCCCCCCGACCAUACUGGACCACCCCUCCACAUGAGGCCUGAGCUAGAGGACGCGCCUGGGGAGGACGAAGAUGAUGACAGGGAUGCAGCUACCCCCUGGGACCUGGAUCUCCUUUUCACCAACUUCCCAUGCCCAGAGCCUGGCGGCGCGCCCCAGACCUGCGCGCCUCAGGCUUGCGCUCUGGCGCCCGGCGAGGGCUCCGGAGCGCAAUUUCCACCGCCGCCGGAGACUCUGGGCGCGUAUGCGGGCAGCCCGGGGCUGGUGGCUGGGCUCUUGGGCCCUGAGGAGCACCUGGGCUGGGCGCGCCCGGCCCCACGAACCCCUGCUCCCGAUACCUUCGUGGGCCCAUCCCUGAUCCCGACCCCCGAGCCCAAAGCGCUGCCGUUGCAGCCGUUGUACCCGGGACCGGGGUCGGGUUCCUCCGGCAGCUACUUCCCGAGGACCGGGCUUUCAGUGCCUGCAGCGCCGGGCGCCCCCUACGGGCUGCUGUCCGGGUACCCCGCUCUGUACCCGAUGCCACAGUACCAAGGGCAUUUCCAGCUCUUCCGCGGGCUCCAGGCGCCGGCACCCGGCCCCCCCUCGCCCCACUCCUUCCUGAGUUGUCUAGGGCCCGGGACGACGGGUGCAGGACUCGGUGGGACUACAGGAGACCCAGGAGGCACCACGGAGGCCGCGCCAUCCAAGCGCAGCCGGCGAUCGUGGGCACGCAAGAGGCAAGCUGCGCACACGUGCACGCACCCGGGGUGCGGCAAGAGCUACACCAAGAGCUCACACCUGAAGGCGCAUCUACGCACGCACACAGGGGAGAAGCCAUACGCCUGCACGUGGGACGGCUGUGGCUGGCGGUUCGCGCGCUCCGAUGAGCUGACCCGUCACUACCGAAAACACACAGGACAGCGCCCCUUCCGCUGCCAGCUCUGUUCACGUGCAUUUUCGCGCUCCGAUCAUCUGGCCUUGCACAUGAAGCGUCAUCUUUGAGCCCGGCCUCUGGCACUUGGACCUUCCUGAGGACUGGGGUUGGAACAAGAGCGGAUCCACGCAGGGUGGUUUUCCCUCGGAUGAAUCCUCAUCUGGACUCUAGGCCCCACAGAUGCAGCAAAAUAUCAAGGACUGGCCCAUAGACGCACCUGGGAGAGCCUCCAACAUAAGUUCCCACAGGCCCUCGGCAACAGACAGCCAAGAUCAUGUAGACCCAGCAAGACAGACCUCCAAAUAAAUGGACUCAAAUGGAUACUCAGAUACUUCUGACAAAGAGACAGACUCUCAGAGAGCUGGACCAUCCAACCUGCUCACAGGUGACCCUAGACAGUGAGCGGGUGAGGCAUCCCAGAGACCCUGAUUCUAGAAGGCUUCACACUGUGACACCUGAAACUCCACAUAGAGGCUGGCAUUGCUGUGAAUGGUUAUGGGUCCUGUAAAAAUGCCCCUCCCAGAUAAAACUUGUGUUGGCCUGAAUUUGUGGAUUUUGGCUGUGGUAGUUGGGAAGAAGCCCUAACUCCAGAACUGAUAUUGGGGAGCCAUACACACGACUUAGUAAUUGAACAACACACAUUUACACACUCAUCUCCUAAAACCCGACAACCUUCCUUGGGCACUGACUGCCUUGCAGCCCCUCCUUCCCCCACCCCAAGGUCAGGCUACAUUGUCCUUGCUUCCUGCCUUGAAGCCCAGGGACAUUCACAGGGGCCUUCUUUUCUACUUAAGAAUCUUCUUCCUCCACUAAGAAUCCUAAGGGAAUUCCCUGGUGGUCCAGUGGUUAGGACUCUGGGCUUCCACUGCAGGGGGCACGGGUUUGAUCUCUGGGGAGCUAAGAUCCCAUAUGCCCUGUGGAGUGGCCAAAAUAAAUAAGAUUUUUUUUUUUUUUAAGUAAUCUUCAGCUCGGUCCCAGAGCCCCAGCAUCCUUCACCCUACCAUGAUCCAAAGUGACCCCUUGGCUAGCUCGUGUACGGUGGCGGAGUUGGGGUGGGGGGACCAAAAGCACAAGCUCUCUCUAAAGGAGCAAAAGUCACACGAGGUGGACCUCAGGCUGUAAGGCAGGAAAGGAUAAAGUCCAAAAUUGCCUCUGACGGAUAAACCGGGGAAAGUGCACCGUUAAGUAAGAGUGUUCAUUGGGAUUAGCCGGUAAUGGGGCUUCCCUGGUGGCUCAGAUGGUAAAGAAUUCGCCUGCAAUGCGGGAAACCUGGGUUCAAUCCUUGGGUUCCAU